GUUGGUCUGGGUGCGCUUUCCGGACGGACGCUAGGGGCCCGGGGUACAUUCGUAGGGAGGAAACGGGGUGGCCAGUGGAAGUCCUCAGCAGGGUCCUUGGGGCGCUCCCCCAUGGGGGCUGGGGGUCCCGGGGUUGUGGGGGAUAAGGAGGCCCUAUAGGUUCUGCUGAAGGGUCUCACCGACAAAAGAAGGGGAGCUGGUGAGCGGAGGCUAAAGGCAGGGAAGCAGGGGCGUGGUUAUGUGUGUUGGGGGUGGAACCUUAGCGGAGCCUGGGAGGGGGUUCCCUGGCAGCCGAUCCUGCCCGACCCUCCCUCCGCUGGCUCGCCCGCAGGCCGCCGCCCGCCGCCAUGGGGCUGAAGGCCGCCCAGAAGACGCUGUUCCCGCUGCGCUCCAUCGACGACGUGGUGCGCCUGUUUGCUGCGGAGCUGGGCCGAGAGGAGCCGGACCUGGUGCUUCUCUCCUUGGUGCUAGGCUUCGUGGAGCAUUUCCUGGCUGUCAACCGUGUCAUCCCCACCAACGUGCCGGAGCUCACCUUCCAGCCCAGCCCUGCGCCUGACCCCCCUGGUGGCCUCACCUACUUUCCUGUGGCUGAUCUAUCCAUCAUCGCCGCCCUCUAUGCCCGCUUCACUGCCCAGAUCCGUGGCGCUGUUGACCUGUCUCUUUACCCUCGAGAGGGAGGUGUCUCCAGCCGUGAGCUGGUGAAGAAAGUCUCCGACGUCAUAUGGAACAGCCUCAGCCGCUCCUACUUUAAGGACCGGGCCCAUAUCCAGUCCCUCUUCAGCUUCAUCACAGGUUGGAAAAAGCCCCUUUCCUAGCUGUCAUUCCCCGAAGCAGGCACAGGGUAGGCCAUCAUGAGACAUUUGGUCUUGUCCCCUCAUAAGAGCUGGCUGUACCUGAAAGGAUCAUACAUGCGCUGUGACCGCAAGAUGGAAGUGGCAUUUAUGGUGUGUGCCAUCAACCCUUCCAUUGAUCUGCACACUGACUCCCUGGAGCUGUUGCAGCUGCAGCAGAAACUACUCUGGUUGCUCUAUGACCUGGGACAUCUGGAAAGGUACCCCAUGGCUCUAGGCAACCUGGCAGAUCUGGAGGAGCUGGAACCCACCCCUGGUCGGCCGGACCCUCUCACCCUCUACCACAAGGGCAUUGCCUCAGCCAAGACCUACUAUCGAGAUGAACAUAUCUACCCCUACAUGUACCUGGCUGGCUACCACUGUCGCAACCGCAAUGUGCGCGAAGCCCUGCAGGCCUGGGCUGACACAGCUACUGUCAUCCAAGACUACAACUACUGCCGAGAAGAUGAGGAGAUCUACAAGGAGUUCUUCGAAGUGGCCAAUGAUGUCAUCCCCAACUUACUGAAGGAGGCAGCCAGCUUGCUGGAGGCAGGCGAGGAGCGGCCAGGGGACCAGAACCAGGGCUCCCAGAGCCAGGGUUCUGCUCUCCAGGACCCUGAGUGCUUCGCCCACCUGCUGCGAUUCUACGAUGGCAUCUGCAAAUGGGAGGAGGGCAGCCCCACGCCUGUGCUACACGUGGGCUGGGCCACUUUCCUCGUGCAGUCCCUAGGCCGUUUUGAGGGACAGGUGCGGCAGAAGGUUCGUAUAGUGAGCCGCGAAGCAGAGGCGGCAGAGGCCGAGGAGCCCUGGGGUGAGGAAGCCCGGGAAGGCCGGCGGCGAGGCCCGCGACGGGAGUCCAAGCCAGAGGAGCCUCCGCCACCCAAGAAGCCAGCCCUGGACAAGGGCCCUGGUGCAGGCCAGAGUGCGGUGUCGGCACCCCAGCGGAAACCCUCAGGGACUGUCUCGGGUGCUGCCCGAGGCCCUGAAGUCGGCAGCACAACUCAAGUGCCAGCACCCGCAGCUUCGCCGCCGCCGGAGGGUCCAGUGCUUACUUUCCAGAGUGAGAAGAUGAAGGGCAUGAAGGAGCUGCUGGUAGCCACCAAGAUCAACUCGAGCGCCAUCAAGCUGCAACUCACGGCGCAAUCACAGGUGCAGAUGAAAAAGCAGAAAGUGUCCACGCCCAGCGACUACACCCUUUCUUUCCUCAAGCGGCAGCGCAAAGGCCUCUGAGCUACUGGAGCCCACCCAGCCUCAGGGUCUGCCCUCAGUCAGGAUCGAGGCUCCACCCCAGUCCUCUCACUCCUAGCCCAGGCUCCGCUCCCAGCACUAGGGGCCGGUCUCCUGCCCAGGUCCAGGCCCCAUUCCUACUGAGAACCCAGGCUUCUGGUCCCCGGAAUACAGACGGCACACCCUAGCUACUGCUUCCCCACCCGCCCCCAGCCUUCCAACCUACGAUUGGCUCCAGCUCAGAACCGAGGGCCCUUUCCCAGAAUCCCAGCCAUCCAAUUGAAGGUUCACCCUAGGCCCCUGAUCACCAAUUUUUAGAGGUCCGGGCCCUGAAAACUCCCGACUCCUCUUAAUGGAGUGCCCGGGGUUGCUCCUGCCUGGUAAAGGCUGAGGUUUCACCUUUAACCCAAGGGGCACAGUUCUCCCCUCCAGCCUUGGAACCUAGAGCCCCACUCCCCUAGGAGUACACUUCCGCACUUAAGAAUUCCAUCCUUAGAAAUCUGAGCCCCCUAUUCUAAAGAACCUAAGUCUCACUCCACAAUUAUGAAAUCCUGGCUUCCUCUCCAUUCUAUCUCUAGCGUCAAUAACACGAAAGUCCGCCCCUAGCCUGUGAGAAUCCUGAGACCUGCUCUCUUCCUGGCCAGACUUGCCUGGGAUCAGAGCAGGACCUGUCUUACGAGCCUCUAGGAACUUCCCCGAGGUUCAAUUUAUCUCGGGGACCCCAGAGGAAUCUGCAGGGGAUUGGGAGUGGGUGAAGGGAGCCUGAUUUCUUCCAGUUUUGUACAUAGAUUUAUUUUUCAGUUCUGAGGAAGAUGAAUACAUUUUGUAAAAAA